CCUUACAGAAACAUGAAGCCCUCAACCAUCUGGAACUCAGAAACUUAUUCGGGGCUGACUGUGGCUUCUAGAACAUCCAGGUGUUCUGCAGAUGCGAGAACUCAUCCUGUAGUCACCAGAUGGAGUCCCAGACAGAUGUAAGGCCUGUGCUGUGGCUCUACAGCCCUGAAUACAGAAGGGUCACUUUCUUAGUGGCCAAAGAGCAGUUAUUGACAUUGAUGUCUGAUUAUUGAACACAACCAGUCAUUUUACUGAGCUGCAGUGAGGAAACACUGACCAUAGAAGAUCAAGCCAAAUUAGGGAUUGCACAUUUCCUGAUUCUUUUGAAUUAGGAUUCCAGAUGGGGGCCUCCUUUCUGUCGCCCCCAACACUCCUAUAGCCGUUAUCACCGCCAUCACCGCUGCCACCAGCAUCUUCUUGCAUACGCCACCUCUGCUCCCCAGAGACUUCCUGCUUUGAAAGUCAGCAGAAAGGAAGCUGUCAGAAAAGUCUCUAGUGGUGGCUGCCGUCGCUCCAGACAAUCGGAAUCCUGCCUUAACCACCAUGGGCUGGCUUUUUCUAAAGGUUUUGUUGGCGGGAGUGAGUUUCUCAGGAUUUCUUUAUCCUCUUGUGGAUUUUUGCAUCAGUGGGAAAACAAGAGGCCGGAAGCCAAACUUUGUGAUUAUUUUGGCCGAUGACAUGGGGUGGGGUGACCUGGGAGCAAACUGGGCAGAAACAAAGGACACUGCCAACCUUGAUAAGAUGGCUUCGGAGGGAAUGAGGUUUGUGGAUUUCCAUGCAGCUGCCUCCACCUGCUCACCCUCCCGGGCUUCCUUGCUCACUGGCCGACUUGGCCUUCGCAAUGGAGUCACGCACAACUUUGCAGUCACCUCUGUGGGAGGCCUUCCGCUCAACGAAACCACCUUGGCAGAGGUGCUGCAGCAGGCGGGUUACAUCACUGGGAUGAUAGGCAAAUGGCAUCUUGGACACCACGGCUUGUAUCACCCCAACUUCCGUGGUUUUGAUUACUACUUUGGAAUCCCAUAUAGCCAUGAUAUGGGCUGUACUGAUACUCCAGGCUACAACCACCCUCCUUGUCCAGCAUGUCCACAGGGUGAUGGACCAUCAAGCAACCUUGAAAGAGACUGUUACACUGACGUGGCCCUCCCUCUCUAUGAAAACCUCAACAUCGUGGAGCAGCCGGUGAACUUGAGCAGCCUUGCCCAGAAGUAUGCGGAGAAAGCAACCCAGUUCAUCCAGCAGGCAAGCACCGGCGGGAGGCCCUUCCUGCUUUAUGUGGCUCUGGCCCACAUGCACGUGCCCUUACCUGUGACUCAGCUACCGGCAGCCCCACGGGGCAGAAGGCUGUAUGGUGCAGGGCUCCGGGAGAUGGACGGUCUGGUUGGCCAGAUCAAGGACAAAGUUGACCACACGGCGAAGGACAACACAUUCCUCUGGUUUACAGGAGACAAUGGCCCAUGGGCUGAGAAGUGUGAGCUAGCGGGCAGUGUGGGUGCCUUCACUGGAGUGUGGCAAGCUCGUCGAGGGGGAAGUCCAGCCAAGCAGACGACCUGGGAAGGAGGGCACCGGGUCCCGGCACUGGCUUACUGGCCUGGCAGAGUUCCAGUUAAUGUCACCAGCACUGCCUUGUUAAGUGUGCUGGACAUUUUUCCGACUGUGGUAGCACUGGCCCAGGCCAGCUUACCUCAAGGACGGCGCUUUGAUGGUGUGGACGUCUCCGAGGUGCUCUUUGGCCGGUCACAGCCUGGGCACAGGGUAAACAGGUUCCACCCCAACAGCGGGGCAGCUGGAGAGUUUGGAGCCCUGCAGACCGUCCGCCUGGAGCGUUACAAAGCCUUCUACGUUACUGGUGGAGCCAGAGCAUGUGAUGGGAGCAUCGGGCCUGAGCUACAGCAUAAGCUUCCUCUGAUUUUCAACCUGGAAGACGAUAUCGCAGAAGCUGUGCCUCUAGAAAGAGGUGGUGCGGAGUACCAGGCCGUGCUGCCCAAGGUCAGAAAGGUUCUUGCAGACGUCCUUCAAGACAUUGCCAAUGACAACAUCUCCAGUGCAGAUUACACCCAGGACCCUUCAGUAACUCCCUGCUGCAAUCCCUACCAAAUUGCCUGCCGCUGUCAAGCCCCAUAACAGACAAGGAGGAAUAUCUGGGAAUUAGCUGGAAAAGAAAUGCCUGCUCUCAACUCAAGAACCAAUGGCAUCAUCAAUGGAAUUAAAAGGAAGUCCCAUAAUUCUAAAUGAUUCUCACCUUGGUAUUUAAAGUAUUGCAUGUCAAACUUUAGGUAAGUUAACAGUGAUUUAUAAAAUGCAGUUCCCUCUGAGUUGUUUAACGUCUCAGGUUACGCUUUCCAAUUUUCAAAAAUAGAAAGGAAAGAAAUCUUCUUUGUAUAGCAAAUGUCCUAUGCUUCUACAGAAAGGAAGCAUUUAUACCACUUGUAUUACCAUUUUCAAGCAAGAAAGAGGUCUUGCUGGGGAAGAAACCAUGAAUUGUUCAAUGAUCUGCAUUGCUGUGUGGUAUAGAAUGCUCCCUCAAUAUCCCAUAAAAGGUGGUCAGCUCUGUGACCACCUCCUCCAUACUGGGAGGUCUGCAGUUGGCAGGACUUUCAUGGAGAUUUCCACCCUUGACUGCUCAGAGCAGACUGCUGUGCUAGCAGGAAAUUAACUUGGAGCCCCUGUCUGGCCAAGCUCUUUAAAGGAAAUAGCCUGCAAUCUCUGACACAACAGGAAUGGGCAUGACACAAACAGACAGAAAGAAGGAAAUUUACAGCUGCGUUAGAUACCAAGUGUGAGGCAACAGGCAAACUCUGCGUAGCUAAUUUAUUUGUAGUUUAUGAAGUCAAAAUGCAUUCAGGAUUUGUGUACUGAAGACAAUUAGACAAGUGAUUCUGUCUUCCUUCUGUACCUAGCAAGGAUUUAUAAAAUCAACAGUCAGAGUUUCCAUCUUAUUUCUUCGUUCAGAAAAUAAACUAGAGGAUGAGAACAGA